AUGUGGCUCCUCAACACCACCACCUACGAGCUCCAUAUGUUUGGCGCCAAUGUCCCCCCAUACGCCAUCCUCUCCCACACUUGGGGCGCCGACGAGGUGACAUUUCAAGACAUCCAAAAGGAAAACCUCCCCCAGGCGCGGACUAAGGCCGGCUUCUUCAAGAUCCAGGGCACCUGCAUCCAGGCCCUCCGUCACAACAUCAGCUGGGCAUGGAUCGACUCGUGCUGCAUCGAUAAGACCUCGUCCGCUGAGCUCUCAGAGGCCAUCAACUCAAUGUACUCGUAUUACCUCCUUUCCCGCGUCUGCUUCGUCUACCUCUCCGACGUCCCCUCGCCGUCCGCCUCCACGCCCAUGGGCGAGAUGCCCGCCCUUGCCCAGUCUAAAUGGUUCACCCGCGGUUGGACCCUGCAAGAGCUCAUCGCGCCACGUCGCGCCAUCUUCUACGCCUCUGACUGGACUCGCAUCGGUACCAAGGGCCUCCACCGCGGCGAGCAGCCCUUCAUCGGCGCCAUCGCAGCCAUCACCGGCGUGUUUGAGUCCGUUCUCUCCAAAGCCCGCCACCCGCGGGACUACUCCAUUGCAGAGCGCAUGUCGUGGGCUGCAGCCCGUCAGACCACCCGCCCAGAGGAUUUGGCAUAUUGUCUCAUGGGCCUGUUUGGCGUACACAUACCCGUUUUAUACGGUGAAGGCCUAACCCAUGCCUUCCAGCGACUUCAGCACGAGAUCAUCCGCACCUCUCCAGAUGAAACAAUCUUCGCGUGGAGGGUCGAUCCUACACAGGAGGAAGUCGACCCCCACACGGGCGAGCGCCGCCGGAGAGCCACCCAAUCCUCCGGUCUCCUGGCCGAUUCCCCCGCGGACUUUGCCCGGUCCCGCGAUGUCCACCAGCGCGCCUUGCACAAAGCUUCUCCGUUCCGUCUCUUUAGCAUGACCAACAUGGGAUUAUCCAUCGUUGCGGAGCUCAUCCCAAUGGUGCAAGGUAGUCAGCGUGGCAGUCCCCCAUUGUUACAGACGGAGUCGCCGAGGUCCCCCCCUCCGCUGAUCAUUAUACCCAUCGGAGCGAGCGACCGGCCCCACGAUACUGCGCCGCGAUCUCGAGUCGGGCUCUACCUUGAACCUGUCCUGCACGCCUCGUCAUCGGUGGCAUCGCCCACAAUGUCGUCGCCGCUGCCGCCGUCGUCGUCGUAUUCCCAAGUUUUCUACCGCCGGGUGAAAUGUGACGAUUUCUGCUUCGCCCCGUUGUCGAUGGGUGGUGAGUUCCCCGCGGGCGAGCCGACGGAUAUUUUCGUCCUGGAGGAUGAGCAGUUUGCCGAGAUGCGAUGGGCGGAUCGGGCGGGUGGUCCCGAGGCCGGGAACUGGUCGCCUUCUAUCGGUGGACGGUUAUCAUUAUCGCCGAGUGCGUCGCCGAGGGCGUCACCCAGGUUGGGAUGA